AUGCUCACUAUCGGCCUUGAUGAUGGAGUGCAACUCGUGUACCUAGCGGAGGGAGCAGCAAAUGUAGUCUACAGGAUACGAAGCCUUCCUCUGGACCCAAGCAUCUCCGCAGACCUCAACUUCGAAAGCUAUGGCCCCAACACCCCUCCACCAACCGACAUCGAGCCACUCCACAUGGACCCUUGUCUCGAAGCUAAGCUAGUCCGCCUCAGGAAAAAGACAUCUUCUACUACUCCAGUCGCCGCGUCCCAGAACCACUUCGAAAACAUGAUCAAACCUCUCUUUCCAUCCGAGAACGUCGUCCAGCAAAUACUAUUUCAGCCCUCAAAAGAUCUCCUAAUAGACUGCAACGCCAGAUUACGCGAGAUGGAAAGGAACGGCGCUAGACCUGCGAAGCGCCACGAUGUCUAUCUAGCUGAGGAUGAGAUGCAUGGGAUGUUGGUCACUGAUAUGUCUUGCAACGACGACACUUUCAAGUUCUUCGAAUUCAAGCCGAAAUGGUUGGCUCAGUCACCAUCUGCUCCGCCGAAAUCGAAGAGAUGUCGCACGUGUGCAUUGAGAGCUAUGAAAAAAGGAUCCAAGCAAGGUCUAUGCCCGCUCGACUUGAUGGACGAAGAUAAAAUCAUUAUCGCUGUGUGCCGCGUCAUGGGUCUGGAUCCCCACCGACUGCAGGAUUACAGCGGUUCAAAGAGGGAUAUGCUAGGUCGAAUUCGCGACUUCUUGCUUAAGGAUCCACUGUUGCGUCGCUUAAAGCAACUUCAAAUGGACAAGGAUCCCAAAGGAGUAUUGAAAGCCAACGUCACCUCGCAGGAUAUUCUCGCUGCAAUGACGUUGCGAGACUGUACGUUGUACCUAAAAAUUGGCCAGAGUUCCAUUGACGCCAGACUUGGGGACUUGGAUCUUAAGACUGGAAAGGGGAAGGCGGAGUAUUGGAGAGGCUUGGAGAGGCAUUUGAUUGACGGAGGGUGGUACACAGCCACGGAAAACGAGAAAUCAGUGGCUGAGAACCUUUGUCAACUGGCUUGA